UAUAGUAUUUAUUAACAGAUUUAAUUCUGGGCAGACGUAUUUUUUGAAGCGUACGUCAAAUGUUGUUUCCUGUUAACUAACGAAGACAACAAAGUCUGUUUUGCUGGCAACUACACCUCACUGAAGCUUCCUCAACCGAACCCCACGCCACGCUACGACGCGUCGUUUCAUUAUUAUUCAUAGUCUUCUUUUGCAUGCGCCACCAACACCAUCAAUUCAAUUCCAAUGGGUAAUAUCUGCGCUCGUUUGAAGUCGAAGCCGCCGCCGCAAUCCUCAGCCAAGAAGCGUUCCUCUUCCCGCCGAGAGAGGAGGCUCGACGACGCCGCGAUUCGCGAGCAGGCCAUCGCCGCCGCGAUUCUCUUCAAGCAGCACCAGCAACAGCAGCAAUUCGAUCGCUCCACUUCGCUUCGGUAUCCGAAUGGAGUCUCCAAGAAGAAUAACAGCAACACCUUGCCAAGGAGUUCGAGUUCCAGGGCAAGGUCCCUCACCGACCCUCUCCUUCAACCUCACCAGCUUCUCAAUCAGGGUGUGAAUGUCGAUGAUCUUGAGACAAAUCAUAUUGUCCUUGUUCACGGAGGUGGCUUCGGGGCCUGGUGUUGGUACAAAUCCAUAGCACUUCUAGAAGAAAGUGGUUACAAAGUAGCUGCCAUAGAUUUAACUGGUUCGGGCGUGAGUUCAUUUGAUACAAACAUCAUUACAAGUCUGUCACAAUAUGUGAAGCCACUUACUGACUUCCUUGAAAAACUUCCGGAAGGCAAAAAGGUUAUCUUGGUUGGGCAUGAUUUUGGAGGGGCAUGUAUAUCAUAUGCAAUGGAGAUGUUUCCUCUUAAGAUUUCCAAGGCUGUCUUUGUUGCUGCAGCAAUGUUGACUAGUGGUCAAAGUACUCUUGAUAUUAUUUCUCAACAGGCAGGUUCAAAUGAUCUUAUGCAACAAGCUCAGACUUUUAUAUAUGCUAAUGGGAAUGAUCACCCUCCCACUUCUUUUGAUAUGGACAAGUCAUUAUUGAGGGAUUUGUUAUUCAACCAAAGUCCCACCAAAGAUAUUGCACUAGCAUCUGUCUCAAUGAGGUCUGUACCAUUUGCACCAGUUUUAGAGAAGGUUUCCCUUUCAGACCUGAAAUAUGGAUCUGUAAGGAGGUUUUAUAUAGAAACUCUUGAAGACAAUGCCAUACCCAUUUCACUCCAGGAGAACAUGAUAAAUGCAAACCCCCCAGAAAAGGUUUUCCGUCUGAAGGGAGCUGAUCAUUCUCCUUUCUUCUCUAAGCCUCAAGCGCUGCAUAAGUUAUUGGUAGAAAUCUCAAAGAUCCUCUAAGAACAUUCAUUGGCUAAAUUGUUUGUGCAGCCUACCCACGAUAAAGCUUCAGUAACAUGAAAUAAGAAUGUGCACUUGCCUUAUUAUUUAAGUCUUUUAUUAUGUGCAAGUUAAAAUUUUGAAAUCUAGCUUGUAUACCCUGUAAUUUGUAACUGGUAUUACUUGCAACAUAAAACUCACGUUAGAUAUUGAAGUACUACUAGUCAAAAGGUUCAGUAUCGAUUAGUUACCCCUAGACAGAAAAUCCGUAACUUGUUGAGCCAGCAAUGCAGGUUCACGUUGGUAAGAUAUCAUAAUGCAGAGGCACAUUGCAGGAAGAGUUUUGAGCAUCAAACGAGGAGCAUCUUGAGAAGACUCCAUGGAGCUACUACUUUUCUCUACACCCUUCCUUUUUUGUUUUAGGCAGUUUUUUUCCAAUAUUUUUAAUUGCUACUCUAAUAAUAAGUGUUUUAUACGUUUAGCAACUCGAGUAAAUAAACUCUGCUUUGCUAAGUUACUGGAAAGCAGAUAUGCUGAAAUUUUGGUGACUAUAGUGAUUGGUGAUUAUUAUCGCCAUCCCCUAAGGAGGAGUUAAUGAUAAAAUGUAGUAAGAAUAAUCAUUAAAUCAUGCUUGAGGGUUAUGUGUUUUUGCCCGUAUAUAAAAGCAUUACAUCUCUAUCAAA